AUGCCAGGAAUGAUGAGGCGCAUGACCAGAGGCGCCAGCGCCUCUCCUCUCGCUGGCAAGUCCGCCACAGCGGGCGCCGACCCCAUGUCUCUGAUCAGGACCUUCAACUCGGAAACUAACCCUUCCCGCCCCCUCCACCCAUCCCCUCUGGCCGCCUCGCAGAUCCGGGGCAUGCCUCUGGAUUUGAUCGACCGAUUACGCUCCUUUCCUCUGUUCCAGUCCACCCCAGAAUCCUUCCUCGCGGAGAUUGGCCUGCAUUUGCGGCCGCAACUAAACUCACCGAACGACUAUAUAUUGACGGAGGGAGAUGAAGCCAAGGCCAUGUACUGGCUCGUUCGGGGUGCGGUGGCCGUCACCUCCCGCGACGGAGAGAGUGUAUACGCAGAAUUGAAGCCGGGCGCUUUCUUUGGAGAAAUAGGCAUACUUAUGGAUCGGCCCCGGACGGCGACAAUCAUCGCGCGCACCCGAUGCUUGCUCGUGGUGCUGACCAAAGAGGACUUCAAGAAUAUCCUUCCACGUUUUCCUGAAGUUGAACGAGCAAUAAGAGAAGAAGCUGAAGAAAGACUGCAGAUUCUGGAGAAGAAGAAAACUCAGGCCCAGCCUUUACCUAUUCGACCCGAGCGCCUCGCCGGUGAGCGCCGUGGAUCUAAACGGCUCCAUGAAGCCUUCACCGGGGAUAUGAGCUUGGACGAUGAGCGCCGUCUCGAUAUCAUAAGCAAGAAACGGAAAUCUCCCAGUCCCGGCUUAGCGGAAGGGUCCACGUCGAGUGCUCUAGCAAAUGGGCUCGUGAAUGUUCGAAUGCUUCUAAAGGAACUACCUUUAUUUUCCCAACUUCCCCCAGAUAUUCUUCACUUUCUCGGCUUGAACGUGCAGCCGCGAACGUUUCCUCCCUUUACAGAUAUUAUCCGGCAAGACUCUCAGGGCCGAGAGAUCUAUUUUAUAGUGCGGGGAGAAGUCGAGGUCAUUAACGAACGGCCAGACUCUCGCGCCGCCCGUCGAGGAGCAGACGCGGAAAGCCAUCGUGGUGUCCAAGUAAAAGCAAGGCUGAGACAAGGGCAGUACUUUGGAGAGGUCGUCAGUCUGUCAUUGGCGCCGCGGCGAACUGCUACUGUCCGCUCUGUAACCGCAGUAGAAUGCUUAAUGAUAAGCGGAGAGGUCCUUUCUGAGUUCUGGGCGCGUUGCCCUAGGCAUAUCAAGGAGCAGGUCGAGCACACAGCCAAGAAGAGACUGGAAGCUGCAUCGGGCGGCGACGUUGUCAUGGAAGAUGCGCCGCAAGUUUCUACAUUUGAUUCUCAAGAGCCGGUUAUGCCGGCUGCCCGGAGACAAUCAAUGCCUCUCCUUACCUUAACAGAAAGUGACCUAGACAGCUUUCACAAACCAAGCCGAUUAGAGGAUGCGUCUGUUUUGAGACCAUCAGAUCCUGACCCAUAUCUGAGCGUCGAUUUAGAUAACAUGCGGGCAAGAUCACGUCGGGGAUCUCUUGCUCCAAUUGUUCCCGAAGACGGUACCGCAGCAGAUCAGCACACUCAAGCUCCUGGUUUAAAUCGCUCUCCGCGCAGCCUAUCACCUUCUAAGCAAACGAACGCACUCCCACAGUCAUCCCUAAGCCCAUUCAAACCGAUAUUUAGGCCUAGCUUUGGAAACAGUCGCGGAAUUUUCAAUGAUGAUAUUCUCAUUACAAUUCUCCAGCACCUUGAACUUCAUCAUCUCCUCCGUCUCCGCUCAGUUUCCCGUCACUGGUCUAAUCUCAUUACAAAAUCCCCGCAUCUGCUCCAUUUCCUUGAUCUCAGCAUUUAUAAUCGAAAAAUUACAGACGAGGUUAUCACGGAUUUCAUUUGCCCAUUCAUUGGUGACAGACCUCGUGUUGUUGACAUCAACAAUUGCUUCCAUAUGACUGACGAAGGAUUCAAUGCCUUGGCGAACGCAUGUGGAGCCAACCUUCGAGCAUUAAGGAUGAAAAGUGUGUGGGAUGUCACCGCUCCAGCGAUUCUUGACAUGGCAAACAAAGCCAAGGAGUUGCAAGAAAUCGAUCUUAGUAACUGCAGGAAAGUUAGUGAUACGUUGUUGGCACGGGUAAUUGGGUGGUUUGUCCCCGGCUCCCAGGCGCCACAGCAGCCGAAUGGAAAGGGAGCACAUAAGGGUCCGAUGCAAACUCCUAUUCAAACAUCGGCUGGUGCAGUGUAUGGCUGCCCUAAUCUGAAAAGGCUCACGUUAUCUUAUUGCAAGCACGUUACGGACCGUUCUAUGCAUCAUAUUGCCGCCCAUGCUGCUUCUCGCCUCGAGGAAGUUGACCUGACACGAUGCACAACCAUUACUGAUCAAGGAUUUCAGUAUUGGGGCAAUACGCAAUUCUUCCGCUUAAGAAAACUUUGCCUUGCAGAUUGCACGUAUUUGACUGACAAUGCUAUUGUGUACCUUACUAAUGCUGCGAAAGGACUGCAGGAACUCGAUUUGUCUUUUUGCUGCGCAUUAUCAGACACCGCAACUGAAGUCAUUGCUCUUGGCUGUCCGCAGCUUACUCAUCUUAAUCUCUCCUUUUGCGGCUCAGCAGUUUCUGAUGCUUCACUCCGCUCCAUUGGCUUACACCUCCUGCUUCUCCGCGAGCUAUCUGUUCGAGGAUGCGUCCGAGUAACCGGCACAGGCGUGGAGUCAGUAGUAGAUGGUUGCACUAUGCUUCGGGUUUUCGACGUGAGCCAGUGUAAGAACUUAACUCCGUGGCUCGAAUUUGGCUGCCACCAAAGGUUCAGCGAUAGAAUACGUUUUGUGACCGUUGCGCACAACGAAAAGCUGCUCAGAUAACGAUAUCGUUUUUUUUCUGGGGCUCAAACCCCCUUCUUUCCAGCUUGUGCAAAACCGUGUUUACCUGCGGCAAGCCUGACUCCCGAUUUUAUUUUAUUUUAGUUUAUUUUUUUGGAGAGACCGCUUUUCCAGUACGACAUUUGCGGAGCCAUCAUGAUUUGACUGUGUUUCCAGAGCCAGGCACUCGAUGGUUAAGUGGCUAUCCCAGGAUUUGGAUUUUUGGACGUACAACACCCGUUUUGGAUCUAUAUCCAUCCCUCAACACGAUUUACCCAUGAAUUUAACGACUGAGACGACCAUCAAACGUUGGAGACAUGAGCAUUUUUCACUUCUGUAUACCUCCUCCUUGUAUCUUCCGACAUUUAUGUACAAGACUUAUCUUGACAUUUCACAUCCUGAUUAGAUGGUUUGGCAAUGGCACAUUUCUUUGCUGCAUCACGCAUAUUAAAGCGAUAUGGACCCCAUCCCUCUAUAUUUGAUUUCACAUUCACUGUUGGCCACCGCUAAGCCUGUUACAAAGUUCAUUUGGGUUCAUUCUUUUGCAUACAUUCGUGUCUGUAUCGGCGUUGGUUAGAAAAAUCCGAGGAGCAGGAGUCGAGUGAGUCAGGCCAAAAAAUGCUUAAGUCUCCUAACUUAGGUAUCUAGUAGAUACUAUGUUACGCAGUCAAUGGCGCCCAGCAUGCAUUUACGGUGUUUCCUUUUUUUGAUCAAUCUGUUCUCAUCUGCCCGGAGUACACUCGAAUGAGGAGAAUCACGAGGACUAAACCUAGACUCGGUCCAUGUAGGCCGAGCUUUUGAAAAGGAGUCAUCCGAAGCUACUUUAUUGCUAGGAACCUCGUUGAAGAAAGUGUGUUGUUUUAGUCCCAGACCGUAGAUAUAUCAGACUGAAUCAGUUCCCC